UAAAAAAAUAGAUGAAAUAACAAGAUUCUUCAACAAAAAAAUAACUAAUCCUUGUGUGAUGUGGAUCGUUAACCUGGUUGGGAGGACACGACACGAUUCUUAGCUUCACCGAGUUGUAUUGUACCUCCGAUCCUCAUAGGUUUCUUUCUUCUGUUCCUCUCCGUGCUGCGCACAAUCUCCGCAUAGCUGCUAUCGUGCGCAGUUUUCGUCGAUUGAUUUAUUGAGAGCUAAGAUACAAUACAAGUACUGAAAAAUCACCAAUUUAGAGAAGGAGUAUGGCUGAUAUAUUCGCAUGGCUCUUCUCCUUCUUCACCCUCAUUGCCUUAAUUGUAAUUAUUAUUUAUCAGUUAAUGUGCUUGGCAGACCUUGAAUUUGAUUAUAUAAAUCCUUAUGAUUCUGCAUCUCGAAUAAACAAAAUGGUUUUGCCUGAGUAUAUCACAGUAGCUGCCCUGUGCGGUUUCUACCUUGUAACAGGACAUUGGGUUAUGGCACUGUUGUGUGCUCCUUACCUCUACUACAAUUAUAGAUUGUACAGUCAAGGAAAGCAUCUGGUUGAUGUUACAGAGAUAUUCAACAUGCUCGCUCGGGAAAAGAAGCAACGGCUUAUCAAACUCUUCUAUCUGAUAUUUAUCCUAUUCCUCUCCUUAUUCUGGUUGAUCUACACAUCAUUGGACGACCCUUAUGAUUAGUUGGUAUUGAUUGCUUGUUUUGUGGAACGCUUUCUGGAACUGAGCUGCCAGACAUGUGCAAAUGAGAGUAGCUAAUUACUUCCCAUAUUUGACGUCUAUUAUGGACUAACUUCUACUCUAGGUGUGGGUUGCCCUUGCCGGCUUCUGUUGUUGGAUAAUAAAACAUCCGUGUCUGUCUGUAUAUCUUAAACUUAAAUCAGAUUUAUUACCUGGGUGGCUCGUGUUUUCUCAUUGAUUUAAAUCAGAUUUAUUACAUUUGUGGUUCUUGUUUUUCUCAAUGAUAAUGCAAAAUUAUCAGUACAACUCUGCCUUAA